CCCCUUUCUUUAUAAGCUGCGACCCCGGCCCGGGAAUGGCAGUGUCCUCUGCCUCGCCGCGGCCGCAGGAUGGAGAUCGGCAGGGGUCCCUGCGGCCGCCUAAUCUCUGUCCUCCUUCUCCUGCUCCAUUCAGAGGCAGCCUGCCGGCCCUCGGGGAGAAGAGCCUGCAAGAUGCAAGCCUUCAGAAUCUGGGAUGUAAACCAGAAGACUUUCUAUAUGAGGAACAACCAGCUGGUGGCCGGGUACCUGCAAGGAGCAAACACUAAGUUAGAAGAGAAGAUAGACGUGGUGUCCACGGAGCCUCACGCUGUGUUCCUGGGGAUCCACGGGGGAAAGCUGUGCCUGUCCUGUGUCCCCUCUGGGGAGGACACCAAGCUCCUGCUGGAGGCAGUUAACAUCACCGACCUGACCAAGAACAAAGAGUGGGCCAAGCGCUUCGCCUUCAUCCGCUCUGACAGCGGCUCCACCACCAGCUUCGAGUCGGCCGCCUGCCCCGGCUGGUUCCUCUGCACCGCAGCCGAAGCAGACCGGCCCGUCAGCCUCACCAACAUGCCUGGGGCUCCCGUCACCAUCACCAAGUUCUACUUCCAGCAGGACACCUAGCUCUGCCCCUCGACCCUCCCAGCUCACCCACGGCUCAGGAGCAGCUCUGCGGGGCCAGGGCUCACCCGGAGGGAGGUCACGGGCCCUAAGGACUGACUGGCCCCCAGACCCCCAAGCCCCCGGACCCCAGGCUCCCAGACCCCAGGCCCUGGGUCCCUCAGACUCCCAGCUCCCCAGGCCCCCCAGACCUCCAGCUCCCUCAGCCCCCCAACUCCCAGGC